CAGCCAAACAUUAAAUUACCUUGGGAAGUAAAAGGUAGAAGAGAAAAAAGCCCAAAAAUUGUAUUUGGCCUCAUUUUAUAAAGACACUCUAUCUUAAUUCAGAGAAAGAGAGCAGCAUUUUUUAUUUUUUAUUUUUUUAGCAUGAGAAGCAUGAGAACUGCAAAGAAACACAGGGUUUUUCAGACAAGCCCAUUUUUUAAAUUUGCAGGUAUGUGACUGUGCUCUUGUCUUGAUGCAGGUGGGGCUGUAGGUCAGGAGUGUGUGGGUGUUUGUGCAUGUCUAUAAAUCCACACCCAUUUGAAACCAGAAACAUCCAGGAUAUACUUCCAGCAAGAGCACUGGCUAGUUCAGGUUCUACGGAGGGGGUCUCGAGGACACAUGAUGUUACACGCAGCUUCGGCCCUCUGCCUCUUACUUGUCGCAGUUUCUUCUAACCUUGCCAUUGCAAUCAGAAAAGAAAAGAGGCCUCCUCAGACACUUUCAAGAGGAUGGGGUGAUGACAUCACUUGGGUACAGACUUAUGAAGAAGGUCUCUUUCAUACUCAAAAAAGCAACAAGCCAUUGAUGGUUAUCCAUCACUUGGAGGACUGUCAAUACUGCCAAGCACUAAAAGAAGUGUUUGCCCAAAAUAAAGAAAUACAAGAAAUGGCUCAGAAUAAUUUCAUCAUGCUGAAUCUCAUGCAUGAGACCACAGAUAAAAAUUUAUCGCCUGAUGGACAAUAUGUGCCCAGAAUCAUGUUUGUGGAUCCUUCUUUAACAGUCAGAGCUGAUAUCAUUGGAAGAUAUGCUAAUAGAUUGUAUACAUAUGAACCUCAGGAUUUACCAAUAUUGAUAGAAAAUAUGAAGAAAGCAUUAAAUCUUAUUCAAUCAGAGUUAUAAGGAAUUAUCUCAAAGAGGUCAAAUGUCAUGAAGAUGGACUUCCGGUUAACUGACUAAUACUAAAUGUGCAAAUAUAUGGAUUCUGUAACAUUACCAUUUAGAUGUUUAAUGUGUUCGCAAUAUUCUUAUGAAGGUGAAAUGAUAUUUCAAUAAAUGUCAGAACCUGAGCAUGAGUGUAGUAGUUGGAUUGCUCCCUGCAUCAGUAGCAAAGAAAGCUUGUCAUGAGCUCAGUGUUAGGGUGGAGACAGGAGGACCUCAAUAAGAGGUGUCUACACUGGUUGCCCCUAUCUUCUUACCUUUCAUUCACUCCACCAGGUAAUCUAAUGUUAAUUCUGCCCCCUUCACUGUAUAGGUAAUAAAUGAUGUGUGUGUUGCCAAAGCAAAUGGAUGCAUCUCUGUUCACCUAACUUCUAGCAGCAUACUCAUAAGUCGGAGUCCACCAUUUGCUUCUUUUCUUGCUUCAAAGACAUUUAAAAACUAAUUACAUUAAAUUAAAAGUGUAGAUAUAAAAAAUUUAACUACAUAUUUUCCUUAAUUUAAUCAUUGGGUGGAUAUUUAAUACUUUUAAUAAUAUUAAGAAAAAUGUCAACUGCCUCUGGAAGAUUUGAAAAUUGUCUCCAAUCAACCAGCAGGAGAGGAUUACAGCCAUUCUGAAAUUAUCAAACGUCCAACCACCAACUCAAUGCUUCACAAGAAGCUUCUGGGGGAUCAGUACCAUGUCUCCUGUUCCUUUAAAUACCACAAAAAGUCCUAACUUUUUAAUGAAAAAAAAAAUCCCAUAGUAGGGAGUAAUUCUCAGAAGGGAGAGAAUGUUUCAGAUGAGCAGAAAUUUUCCUAAUCCAUAGGAUUUGAUUACAUUUAAAUAUUUUAAAUUAUUUUAAGAUAUAAACAUACACUUUAAUAUGAGAUAGAUAUACAAUGUCUGUUAUAAAUAUUUGAUUAAUUCCAGUGUUUCCUGAGUCAGAGAAAGAAAGCUUUUUUCCAGGUUUUAUUUGAUCACCAUUCUGUUCAUUUUAAGCAGACUUAUUAAUUAAUCUAUUUGGAUAUAAGUAGAUUA